GUGGAUACACACACAUGACACGUUGCUCCAUACUCUCCGUGGCGUACCGCCAGUGUGCGUUCGAAUCGUCUCAUAAAGAGUUUCGUUCUUCGUGUCGUAGCUGUGUCGAGUUGUCCACUAAAUAUCUCCGUAUCUGUAACAAGUGCAUCUUUUUUAAAUCAGAACAAACGCCGUUGAAAGACACUUGGUACACUUCCCAAUAACCCGUGGAACGCACGGCUUUCACUGGACGGAAGAAUCUUCCUAGGAUUUGUUAUUUUGCGACCAGAGCAACGAGAACGCUUCUAAGCCAUGCCUGCCGCACCUAGUGCCGCCUCUGUUGGCUCCGUUGGACGUUCGCCCAGCAAAGCGUUAGCACCGAGAACAGGUGGUAGUGGUGCCGUUAGACAGAGAAAAACCGUAUCGGCGAACAGUUCAACGAGAAACCGAAGUACAGGCACGAGCUCGGGUGGCAUGUGGAAAUUCUACACAGACGAUUCACCAGGCAUCAAAGUAGGUCCCGUGCCAGUACUAGUCAUGUCCCUUUUAUUCAUCGCAUCUGUGUUUAUGCUUCAUAUUUGGGGCAAGUAUACUCGAAACUAAAACCUGACGUGAUAUUCAGAGCAGAGCCAGAGAGACCAGGAGACAGUGGGUGAUGUGACUGCAAAAUGAAUCAAUGCGUCAAGAUUAAAACAAUUGAAUAUGUGCGAUAUGAUUUAAUACACGUAUCUUAAAAUGUGUGUAAACGUUAUUGAGCACAUGUGGAUGUAUAUUAUUGCGAAAACUACCAUAAAAAUCAUUACAGAGCGUUAUACAGAUAUCAUUGCAUGAUAGAAAUAUACUGAAGUUAUCGAGUAAUA